UAUAGACAUAGUCGAAGAGGAACGUGAGAGCCGGCCUUUUUCCUGACAUGGUCGAACUCGCCGUAUAUUACCGGCACCAACGUCUAUAAUUGAGCCGUGGAACUACAAGUCACAUCUAUUUUGCGAUACUGCCGAUAAAAUCAUGUCUUGUGAAAUAGAUGUGGUGCGAGUCCAUGCUACAUCGACAAAUUGUUCCUCUCUGCCGACACACAAGCCUAUAUUAGGUCUGUAAAACAGACUUAAUAGUCCAUCUCAUCGAUGGAUUCUCGUGCGGCACGCGAUUCUUUCGCGGAGUGACCAUACCGGGAUCUUGUGACGUCACGUUGUACUCAAGAUAACACCUCACAUACAGAUCACUUUAUGCCGUAUGGUUCAUGCAUGUAUUUGCAAUUACAUAUACUCGUGCAUCGUAUUAGAGCCUGGCAAUACUUUUCUGUCUUUUUGAUUUUACGCAAUUGUUUUAAAAAACUGGAGAGAACGAGAGAAACAACGAUUUUGUCGUACGUUAUCGUGCUAAAUUCGAGCUUUAUCCUCGUCUUUACUCUUAUUCUCACUCUCGUUAUCGUCAUCGCCUUUGUCGUCCGCGUCUGCGAUAAAGCAUUGACAGAUCGAAUACAUCUUUCCUCACUCGUUCAAGAUUUUUCAAUGUGAAUUUGACAUAUUUGGAAUGGCGGGAGUAUUCGACAUUGAACUGCACGACGGGGAUGCCGCGAAUCAAGACGAAUCGGAUGAUGAUGUGAUCGAGAACAGAGAGGAGGAAUAUAAUCAUGCCACAGCUGUAAGCGCCAUACUAGAAUCUGAAAAUUUGGAAAGAGUUCAAUUGUCCGAACAGAAUGUAAAUCCUGGUCAAGAGAAGGCUGGUCCACAGGAUUUUGAAUUAUGUAAAAUUUUAGGAGAGGGUGGCUAUGGGAAAGUCUUCCAAGUUAGAAAAGUUACAGGGAAGGACAAGGGUGGUAUUUUUGCUAUGAAAGUACUGCGUAAAGCAUCCAUUAUACGAAAUCAGAAAGAUACUGCUCAUACCAAGGCUGAGAGAAACAUCUUGGAAGCUGUAAAACAUCCAUUUAUUGUAAAUCUUAUGUAUGCAUUUCAAACUGGUGGCAAAUUAUAUCUAAUCUUGGAAUAUUUAUGUGGCGGAGAACUUUUCACAUAUCUUGAUCGAGAAGGCAUUUUCUUAGAAGACACGGCUUGCUUUUAUCUGUCAGAGAUUAUACUGGCGUUGCAACAUCUUCACAAUCAGGGAAUUAUAUAUAGAGACUUGAAGCCAGAGAAUAUUUUGCUGGAUGCUGAAGGUCAUGUCAAAUUGACUGAUUUUGGUCUUUGCAAAGAACACAUACAAGAGGGUACAGUGACGCAUACAUUCUGUGGAACAAUAGAAUAUAUGGCCCCAGAAAUUUUGACUAGGAGCGGUCAUGGUAAAGCUGUAGAUUGGUGGAGUUUAGGCGCAUUGAUGUUCGACAUGCUUACAGGAAUGCCACCAUUCACCGGUGAUGAUAGAAGAAAAACCAUUGAAAAGAUCUUACGAGGAAAGUUGAGUCUUCCACAAUAUCUAACACCGGAUGCCCGAGAUCUAAUCCGAAAACUUUUGAAAAGACAAGUUGUUCAGAGAUUGGGCUCUGGUCCGGAGGAUGCCGAGCAAAUUAAGAACCACAAUUUCUUCAAACACAUUAAUUGGCAGGACGUAAUCGCUCGGAAAUUAGAUCCGCCGUUUAAACCGUCCCUAAAGAGUGCUGACGACACGUCGCAAUUCGACGAACAGUUUACAGCGACUGUGCCAGUUGAUUCGCCGGUUGAGAGUACACUCAGUGAAUCUGCAAACAUGAUAUUUCAGGGUUUUACAUAUGUGGCGCCGAGCGUUCUGGAGGAGAUGUACGCGCAACCAAAAGUCGUAAACGCCAGAAGUCCGCGUAGAGGAUUGUUAAACAAUACUGGUUUCGGCGCAGCAGCGGGUCUACAUGGCUUUUCUUCACCUAGAACAAUGGAUGUUCAUUUGCGCCCAUCUUUAGAUCUCCAACAGCAACAUAGACAACAUAUGAUAGGAUCCAACAGUAUAGAGGACACCGAGAUGGUUGAUCUUGGUCAAUUAUCAAACCGUUUAUAGUGUCGCGACUCAUUGCGCACAAACUAUUAGCUUAUACAAAUUAGAAAAUAUAGUCCAAAACCUGUUCGUCUGUUCAAGUCAUCUUUUCACAUCCAUAUGCCGAUAGAUGACGCGCGCGAACAAAGAUAUAUUUAGUAAAUUCAAUAUUAUGUAUAGCAAGGAUAUACAAAAUAAGCACAACAAGUUUGGUCGCGGCUUCCUUAAUGCGGUAUUGUCUGCACUUGUACGCAAUCUUAGAUCUCUACCGACUUCAAGAUGAUCAAGCGUUUGUUUAUAACACGAGGAAGCGAAUAGUGUAUGUUUUUUCGCUAUGUAAAUACGUGCGAAUGAUUGAAAGCAAGUACAUUUUUGACGAAACAUUUACGAGCAGAAUGCAGUUCAAAUCUAAAGAUUAUAUCGCAAUAGUUAUACAGAUAUCGCAAUCAUAUCGCUGAUUGUAAAGUAGUUGACUAGCAUUAAAUUGUUUCUAACAGUA